AAGUCAACGGGUCUCUUGCUUAUAUAUUGUGGGAACCCGGGAAAUGAGAAUACUCGUUUCAGCUGAUUUCCCAAUUUUUUUAAUUUUAUUGAACGACAGAUGUCAAAAUCUGGGACAUUUGAUCUGGCUUCUGGGGUUGGUGGCAAGAUUGAGAAGAAAGAAGUACUUUCAGCUUUUGAAAAGUACGAAAAAUAUCAUGCAUGUGAUGGAGAAGCGGAGGAAGAGCGGAAAGCCAACUACAUUGAUAUGGUUAACAAAUAUUAUGAUCUAGCAACAAGCUUUUAUGAGUAUGGUUGGGGUGAAUCUUUCCAUUUUGCUCCCAGAUGGAAAGGGGAAUCACUUCGAGAAAGUAUCAGACGACAUGAACACUUUCUUGCUCUGCAAUUAGGGCUAAAGCAAGGACAAAAGGUUUUGGAUGUUGGAUGUGGAAUUGGUGGCCCUUUAAGAGAAAUUGCCGGAUUUAGCGGUACAUAUGUUACUGGAAUCAACAACAAUGAAUAUCAAGUAACACGAGGAAAAGAACUGAACCGUAUUGCAGGAGUUGACAACACCUGCAAUUAUGUGACGGCCGACUUCAUGAGAAUGCCAUUUGCUGACGACAGUUUUGAUGGAAUUUUUGCCAUAGAAGCUACAUGUCAUGCCCCAGAUGUGUUUGAUUGCUACAAGGAAAUAUUCAGAGUGUUGAAGCCUGGCCAAUACUUUGCUAAUUAUGAAUGGUGUAUCACCGAUUUCUUUGAUCCUAAUAAUGCAAAUCACCGGAGGAUCAAGCGUCAGGUGGAGCUUGGUAAUGGACUUCCUGACAUCAGAUCGAUGGGACAGUGCAUUGAAGCUCUGAAACAUGCAGGUUUUGAGAUUAUUUGGGACAAGGAUAUUGCUAUCGACUCUCCUCUCCCUUGGUAUUUGCCUCUGGACAAAAGUCAUUUCUCCUUAAGCAAUGUACGCGUGACAGUUUUUGGACGCUUUUUCACCAGAAAUAUGGUCAAGAUAUUAGAGCGAGUCGGGCUCGCCCCUGAAGGAAGCCAAAAGGUUCAAGCCAUCCUGGAGCAAGCUGCAGAUGCACUUGUUGAAGGUGGAAAGGAAGGCAUUUUCACUCCAAUGUAUUUCUUCUUGGCAAGGAAGCCUUCUGCCAACUGAUCUCUUAAGCUAAUUCUUCCUCAAUACAGUAAAGAUUACAUAUAUAAUGUCCAUUGAAUUGGAAUAUUUUGAGUCUGUGAACUGGCUUUUCAAUUUGCUUUUAUUUUUUCACCCCUUUAUCUCGGUUUUUCUCACUUUUUUGGACGGGUGGAGGAGGGUUGGCACGGGACAGUCAAUAAACAAAAAGAAAUGGAAGUAAAGAUCCUUGAGGAAGCAAGAUCAGUCAUAUGACAGAUCAUAUAGAGUAUAUAUUUUUUUCUUUCUGGGUUUGAGAACACGAGCUGCUUUUGAGUUUUUAAUUAAGAAUGCUGGAGUUCCACGAGUGUAUGGAAUUAUGGAUGACAACAAAGAACGACUUGUGUUUGCUUGUAUUUCAGGGGAUAGAAGUUAUUUUCUUGCAUGUGAACGAUCUGAUCAGACGGA